CCCCGCGGCUCCGCCUGCGCCUCUGCUGAUCUUGUCUUUCCCUUGGGUGCUGACGCCAGCGCCUCUUCCCCUACGAGUCUCCCCACCUUCCCCAGGGGUCUGGGGCCUUCCCACUGCUGAAUCACCACCACCUCGCACUCCCCCAGUGCUCAGGGCAGGGGUGGGGACUGCCCCAGCCUCGGCCACUACUCUAUCCCUGGGGCUGGCUGAAGGCACCGGGGCUGGCUGAAGGCACCAGGCCCAGGGGCGCCUUUCUCAGCAUCUUCCCGCGGAGGCUGGUGAGGUCAGGAUGGGGGGAGGAGGAGGAACGCCUACCGCCUAGAGUAGGGCCUCCAGGGGUGGGGUGGCCAGGAGGAGGCAGAGAGACCUAGACCUUGGGAGGCCUGACUUACUGGCCGCAGGGGCAGCGGGUUGGGAGGGGGAAAGUGGCGAGCCCGGGACUAGGCCGGGGGCGAGGCUGGGGGCGGGCCGGGGCUGAAGAGGGGGAGACCGGCCCUCAGACUUCCUGGUCGGGCCCCGCCCCACCCCGCCCCGCCCCGCCGGUCCGCCCCCCCCACUUCCUCCGGCCUCCCGCUCUCACUUCCUUCUCGAGCCCGGAGCUGCUGCCGCCGCCCCCAGCUCCCCCGCCUCGGGGAGGGCACCAGGUCACUGCAGCCAGAGAGGUCCAGAAGAGAGAGGAGGCACUGCCUCCACUACAGCAACUGCACCCACGAUGCAGAGCAUCAAGUGCGUGGUGGUGGGUGAUGGGGCUGUGGGCAAGACGUGCCUGCUCAUCUGCUACACAACUAACGCUUUCCCCAAAGAGUACAUCCCCACCGUGUUCGACAAUUACAGCGCGCAGAGCGCAGUUGACGGGCGCACAGUGAACCUGAACCUGUGGGACACUGCGGGCCAGGAGGAGUAUGACCGCCUCCGCACACUCUCCUACCCUCAGACCAACGUCUUUGUCAUCUGUUUCUCCAUUGCCAGUCCACCUUCCUAUGAGAACGUGCGACACAAGUGGCAUCCAGAGGUGUGCCACCACUGCCCUGAUGUGCCCAUCCUGCUGGUGGGCACCAAGAAGGACCUGAGAGCCCAGCCUGACACUCUACGGCGCCUCAAGGAGCAGGGCCAGGCGCCCAUCACACCGCAGCAGGGCCAGGCACUGGCCAAGCAGAUCCACGCUGUGCGCUACCUCGAAUGCUCAGCCCUGCAACAGGAUGGUGUCAAGGAAGUGUUCGCCGAGGCUGUCCGGGCUGUGCUCAACCCCACUCCGAUCAAGCGGGGACGGUCCUGCGUCCUCUUGUGACCCUGGCACUCGGCUUGGAGGCUGCCCCUGCCCUCCCCCACCAGUUGUGCCUUGGUGCCUUGUCCGCCCCAGCUGUGCCUUAAGGACUAAUUCUGGCACCCCUUUCCAGGGGGCUCCCUGAAUGCCUUUUUCUCUGAGUGCCUUUUUCUUCUUAAGGAGGCCUGCAGAGAAAGGGGCUUUGGGCUCUGCCCCGCUCUGCUUGGGAACACCGGGUAUUCUCAUGAGCUCAUCCAAGCCAAGGUUGGACCCCUCCCCAAGAGGCCAACCAGCGCCCCCUCCCAUUUUCCGCUACUGACCAGUUCAUCUAGCUUUCCACACAGUUGUUGCUGCCUAUUGUGGUGCCUCCUCAGGUUAGGGGCUCUCAGCCAUCUCUAACCUCUGCCCUCGCUGUUCUUGGAAUUGCACCCCCAAGAUGCUCUCUCCCUUCUCCAGUGAGGGAGCCACAGAAUCCUGAGAAGGUGAAUGUGCCCUAACCUGCUCCUCUGUGCCCAGGCCUUACGCAUUUGCUGACUGACUCAGCCCCCAUGCUUCUGGGGGCCUUUCCUACCCCCAUCAGCAUCAAUAAAACCUCCUGUCUCCAGUG